CAUAUACACAUAUAAAAAUGUCCAAGCCUGUUUCCCAAGAAAAAUUCGUGCCCUCUGAAAUCUCUUUUGGUGGUGGAGCACUUUCUGGUUUCUAUGACAGUUUUGAAUUCAGUGACAUUGUCGAUGCUUUUACCGAAGCUCUCGAUUCAGGCAUCAACUCUUUUGAUACUUCACCUUAUUACGGUAACAGCGAAAUUCUUAUGGGUGAUGCUUUCAAGCAAAUUCGUGAGAAAUAUCCCAGAGAAAACUACUAUAUCGCUACUAAGAUGGGCCGUUACGGUAAGACCGUCCAUGAAAUGGAUUACAGUGCCAAGAAGACCUAUGAAAGUGUUGCCGAGAGUCUAAAGAGAUUACACACUGAUUAUCUCGACGUUGUUUAUGCUCAUGAUGUUGAGUUCGUAAAGUUUGAAGAGGUUGUUGGUAAAGGACAAGCCUUGGAAGCAUUAUUUGAUUUAAAGGCCCAAGGAAAGAUCAAGUAUGUUGGUUGCUCAGCCUAUCCACUUGAAGUUUUGUUAAAGGUCGCUGAACAUCAAUUUGCCAAGGGACAACCUCUUGAUAUUAUUCUUUCUUAUGCUCAUUACACACUUCAAAACACAUCUCUCGCAGAUUAUGCUCCCAAGUUUAGAGCUGCUGGUGUCAAGUACAUCAUGAGUGCUUCUCCCCUUUGUAUGGCUCUUUUACGUGAUGAAGCUACCCCCGAUUGGCAUCCUGCUCAUAGUGGUAUUCGUGAGGCUGCUGACAAAGCUGUAUCAGUUACAUCUAAAAACAACCUUAGCAUGGCUAACAUGGCCAACCGCUUCUCAUUCCAAGGUAAAGACACCUUUGGUUUAGACUCCACCGUUCUUGGUCUUGCUAGAAAGUCUGAAGUUCAAGAUGCUGUCCGCACCUUGAAGGAUGUGAAAGAACGUGAAAACUCUGAGCUCGAAAAUAAGGUGUUUGAAGAAAUCCACAAGAUCUUCGAACCUGUCAAGAACUUUUCAUGGCAAAGUCCUACCGAGGUAGAGUUAGCUUUACCUAAAACCUUGUAAAAAAAAGAAUUUGUUUUUAUUUAAAUAAAGCUAAAUCAAGCACCAUAA